AUGGAGACCAAGCAGGACGCGCUGAUGGACAUCAUUCGCGCCAUUAUUGGGCCCAAUGACGCUUCGCGUGAGCGCAUUCUCGCGCUACUACAACAGGCGGGCAACGACCCGAACAAGGCCGUGGACUUAUAUUUCCAGUCAGAGGCGGCCAAUGGCGUUGCAUUUAAAUUAAAUGACGUGGAAGGCUCGGACGAUGAGGAGGAUGGAGACGACGUAACAUGGGCACAGAAGAACGCACGGGAAGCCGUGGCUAUUGCCGAGAGGCCACGUGAAUGGACGUCUAAAGCCGAGGAGCUGAGUGGACUUUUGGGUGGAGACGUGAAGCGCGACCUUAUCUUGGAUCUACUCUAUCGAACCAAUAACGAUUUGCAACAAGCGGUAGAAGUUUAUUUCUCAGAGAACGGAGCAGAUGCAGAGUUUAACGAAGGAAGUGACGACGAUGAAGACGAUGAAACUGCUACUGCUGCCAAGAAGCCACUGCCGCCUACACCUAAAAGCUGUGUGGAGAACGGGACGGAUCUGCCGCCAUCACCUUCGACGAUGUCGAGAACAAUCUUGCGGCCGUCGGGCGCGACGAAGCCUCCUCAAUCGCCGUCUCACUCGUCAUCAGCACUACCGCAAACUGCGUCAGUGGUGACGUCGACCGCGUCACACCCGUUGACUCCACUGUCUUCGCCAUCUUUGAUCGAUAGACAGGCCACAGAUGCAAUGGCGCCUGCUUCUACGGCUGAAGAGGAAUCACUAUAUGGACUUGGAACAUACGAGGUGGUGAUGUCCAACAGCAACUUCCGCUGGCAGAUUGGCAACGUUUUUGGCCGUGCAGUUGUCCAGCAAGUGCAACCUGGUGGACCUGCAGCACUUGCUGGCAUCCAGAAAGCUGACGUACUGCUGGCAUUUCGUGAAACUGUGCUGAAUGAGGAAAAUUGUGCUGCUAUAGUGCAGCAACUAUCUAAGGAGCGAGUGCUUGUUCCAUCUACGCUUCGUUUUCGGCGUGCGUCAGACUCUCAUAACCCUCAGCACGCUGUUCCGAAAGCUAAUGGGGUACCCCUCAUUGGACCGGCGUCUGCUUCUGCUAUAUCCCCUGCGCGAGACGGUGAUGGUGAUGUGGUAAUGACGUUAGUGGAUGACGCGGCUGCGAAUCAUUCCGUACAACCGAAAUAUGGACUCCAAAUGCUGUGCCAGGCUGUGGAGUCCAUUCAAGAUGCGGUUGCGGGGCCUUCAGCUGUGGAACCCAAGGUUUUGGUGGAUUUGCUGUUGAAUUCAGAAUUUAGCCUGGACCGCGCAGUGAACACCUUUUUGACUGAAGGCCGUAUUGUCAGUGACUUUCGCGGAAUUAUCGGUUGUGAUCGAAACUCAGAGCAUCCAGUUUCGACGGCCAUGGGUGCUAACGAGCCCUACGAUGCGUUCAUUCCAGCAGGCCCGCUUGGACUUACUGUUGAGAAUAUACUAGAGCGAACGAUUGUUGUGGACAUAAAAUCUGGAGGUGCUGCUGAGCGUGCGAAUGUCAAACGCUCUAGCUGGCUCGUUGGUCUGAAUGGCCAGCGAGUCACGCAUUUGACUCAUAAGGAGACAUUGCGUUUGAUUGAGACCGCUGUCCGACCAUUGCAGCUUCAACUUGUUGUUGUUCCGCCCGAUGAGUACAAGGCUCUCCGGAGACAAUUGUCAAUGAAUAUUCGUCAACAGAAAACGGAGCGUCCGAUCCCGGAGCAGGACCGAAUGUCGUUUCGUGUUUUCCAGAUUAAAAUUCAUCAGGGAGUACUGGUCUUCCCGAAGCUUGUGACUAAAGCCCUAUUCCAUUACCUUAGCACAGAGGAAUAUCACCCUCCGACAAUGAAUCCGCAUUAUCCGAAUCCGCUUGAGGAGCUAUUACCGGCAGAUGAGGCUUGGGACGCUGCAAUACUGGACGAUAUUGAAACCAUGGAGGAGGAGCGUUCCGGUGAGAUGUGCGCCGAACGCCGGUUUUUGCUGAACCUGUUUGCAUCUAUUCACGACUAUGAUGAUAAGGGUGAAAGCACCGUCAUUCGGACUAUCCAGUUUCUUGGUUGGCUUGCGGUCCGCGCGGCACGAAUGCAGCAAUUUGUGGAUGCAAAAGAAUCAAGAUCAAGUGAUGGUGACCGAGUUACCAAACGCCGUCCUUAUGAAUUAUUAUUUGCGGUGGUGCUGCAUGUAUUUGAAAGUUUAUCGAUCAUUGAAAAUCAUGCUACAUGGGAUGUCAUGGUGAACGCGUUGAAGAUGCUGAUGUUGUCACUGACGGAUGUUGACGUAGGUAAGAUACUGGUGCCGAUGUUCGCCCGACUUAGCAUUAGUUCAAGCCCCACAGCACGAAUUGUACCUGUGGCGCUUCUGCCGAUGGUCUAUCCACAUGUACGUGGAGAUGUACGUGUUCAGCUCCGUGGUAUGCUGGAUCGCAUGUGCAACGACGACAACCCAUUGGUUCGUCGCGCUGUCACUUCAGUCAUUGGCGACCUGGCUACAGCGGGUGGUUCUUCCGUGGCUAGUUGGACGGUUCAACUGCUAGAAAAGUCCACAGCAGAUAGCCACGACAUUGUUCGUAUUUUCGCUGUGAAAGGCUGCAUCACGCUAGCCACCACAUUGCGCCGUUUACUACUGGAAGACAACAGUAUUUUGCACAAGGAAGCUGAACAGAAACUACAUUUACUGUAUUGUCAAAUGGUGCCGAUGGUGAACACAUACACAUCAGACUCGUCUUGGCAAGUGCGACUAGAAAUAGCGCGUACUUUGCCUGCUUUCUGCAGAGCGUUCGGUUCGGAAUACACUGACGUGUUUGUCGACCAUUUUGUGUCGAUAGUUGGUGAUCCUACUGUAGAAGUUCGCCGUGCCUGCGCUGAAGGUGCUUAUCGUCUAGGUGACGCCUUGCGCGACUUAGCUGCGAAACAAACGCCUGGUUUACAGCCAGAAGGUAGUGCACCACAAGAAGAAAAUAACAAGUCGAGUGAUGCGGCUUCGGUCAAGGACUCUGAAUUUGUGGUUGCUGCUCAAGUCAAGUAUGUGCGCAGCGUGUUGCCUGCAACAUACCCUCUUUCAACCGAUGUGUCCGUGGCUGUAAGACUAGCAUUGGCUCAGUCUGUUGGUCGCUCGCUGCAGUUCAUCGCCAGAAACUACUACGAUGAGCUGAUCCCGAUUUUUACCCAGUUCUUAGACGAUAGCCAAGAUGCUACUGUGCGUGCGUCGCUCUUAGAAGAGAUGGCACGCUACUGUGACGGCUCGUCAGAAACUGUGACGGCUCUGAUUUUUCCGGCCAUCCAGGCUCUACGUACCUCACUACAGUGGCGAGUGCGUGUUAAGUUUGUUCAUUGUGUGGCUGCGUGGGCUGAGCGUGAAGAUGGUGCAGCACUUCCUGGAGACUUUGCUGAUGCGUGUUUAGAGUUACUUGGCGAUGCAGUUUAUGAAGUCCGUGCAGUGGUGUGCGAAAAGCUUCAUUCUCUUGGGAAGUCGUUAGGUAGUGAGUGGGUGGUCGAAAAGUGUGUGCCUCGUGUGUCUGUGUGCCUCCACUCUACGUUCCAUGGACGGCUCACUGGGUUGAUGGCAGUGGAGCUUCUUGCACCAGAGCUACAGCAGAUGGGUACAUUAGGGAACGUGAUCGAGACCGUGGUGGAGCAGUGCACGUCUAAAACAGCAAACUUGCGUUUUCGUGCAUUGCGAACGCUGGGGCUACUGGUUCCGAGACUGAACGACGUAAGCACAACGGAAAAUACUCUAGAGAUCAUUCGUCCUUUGACCCUCGCCGAGACGGAACCUGAUCCGGACGUACGCGAAGUUGCUGAAGCUACACAGGUGCUGCUGGAGGCUGCUCUGAACCUGUGA